CUCCGCUCCAACAAGCCCACAGACUUCAGGAUGGCUGAUGAUAACCUGGAGGAGAGGAGUGUGGAGGUUUUGGAGAUCCCUGAUCAUGUGGACGACGAUCUGCUGCUGCUUUACUUCGAGAGCAAACGCUCUGAAGGAGGAACCGUCAUUUCUGUGGAGCGGAGUGGAGACAGAGCUCUGCUAGUGUUCGAACAGCCUGAGGUGGCUGCGAGAGUCGUAUCUAAAGGCUCCCACAAGCUCAGUGAUGCCGAACUGAUAGUGCGGAGGAAACCCCCAAAGGAUCGUGGGAAGUUUCUGCUGCGGGGGCUCUCCUCCAGCACCAGCCUGGAGUUGGUGGAGCUGUACGUGGAGAACCUGAUGGGAAUCAACUCUGAUGAUUACACUCUGUACCCCUCAGCUGGAAAAGACCUGGUCCUGAUAAACCUCCACACACCUCUUUCUCAGGAUUUUCAGAAGAUUUGUAGCAAAGCUUCCAAAAAGAAAUGGGAUGGAGCGACAAUCACUCUGGAGCAGGUGGAACGCACAGACUCUGUUUUGGUGGAGAAUCUGCCCCCCAGUGUUGGGGAGGACAUGCUGACACUGUAUUUUGAGAGCGGUCGUGGUGGAGAGGGAAAGGUGAUGGACAUCAGCAGGACGGCUGGAGGAUCCACCAAGAUCACUUUCAAAGAUGUAGAAUGUGUGGACCGUGUGCUCCAGAAGUCCCACAAACUGGGGGAAACAAACUUCUUAGUAAAACCAUGCUUUCCUUUUUUGGAAGCAGAUGGAAACAAAGCAUUUGUGAAAUCGCCACAUGGGAUAAAUCAGCUCUCGGAUGACCAGAACCAGACUGGCGCUAACUCUCUCACGUCUUUAAACGAGUCUCUCUCUGACCUCCUGAUCUGCAGCUCAUCACAGCCCCCCAGAACAGCUCACCAUCAUGCAGAUUCCAGCCCAAAAUCCAAACAGCCUCCCAGUCCUGCUACUCCAACUCCAACAGCUUUUCCAUUGGAAGAUGCUGAAAAAGAUGCAACAGUGAUGGUUCAGUCUGACACAGAACCAGUGGAGUUCCAGAUACCUGUGUCUGACCCCACCAAACUCCAGCUGAUCGGCUUAAGUAACCUGCUGGAUGAUCUCAAACCGACGUAUCCUAAUUUUGAUGUCACUGUAGCGCAGGACAGCGUGAACGUUAAAGGCUUCGGCCGACUUCAAGCCGAACAGCUCAAAAACAAACUUCUGGAGUUUCUCUGCGGCUUUUCGCAGGUGCGUCUGCCACUGAGCAUCCCAUAA